UCUGUCAGUUCACACUCUGGGGAUUUUCCAGUGCUCUGAGAUGGCAGUGUGUUUUUUCUCGUCGUUGCUCACCGCAGUGUGUGUGGGAUUGUAUGGAACAUAUACAACUGCAGAAGUAUGUAGAGAUCUUGUCGUCACUCCGGCGUCUCUGCUGGUGGAGUAUGGACACCCUGCUGAAGUGAACUGCUCCAUACCGAGUAAACCUGUGACACAAUACAUGCUGGGCUGGGAGUCUAAAUCAUCACAACCGAUUACAGUCACUGAAACAAGUUUGAUGUGGAGGGUGGACAGUCUGACAAAUUGGGAAGAACCAGAAGAUCUCAAAUGUUACCUCACAACAACAACUGAUCAGUGUAUGAGUCGUGUCAAUCUCACCAUUUACAAGAGACCAGACAGUGUUAUGCUGAGCUCUGUGUCUAAUGUGUGGAUAGCGGGAGAUCAGACAGAGCUGAAGUGUGAGAUUGAAAACGUCGGUCCUGGACAUAAACUCAGUGUACACUGGAGCAGAGCUGAUUCGAAGCAAAUCAAAGCUUUCACACUAUUCAAUAAAACAUCACUUUCGGACUUAGUGAAUGAGAUAAAGAACGUGAACGUGACAGUGAAACUGAACAUUACGGCCAGACGUGAGGAUGAAGGAGUGCAGUACAAGUGUGCAGCUGUGUUGAAUCUGGACAUAGAUCGCCCCGUGUCCGAAUCACAGCCAAUCACCAUCACUGUACACUAUAAACCAAUUAUUACAGGCCCUUUAUUUACUAAUGUAUCUCGAGCUGAAGGUGAAAGCCUGAUGAUGGAGUGCUCAGCAGAUGGAAAACCCAGCCCUCAUUACAACUGGACUUUACCUAAUAACACAUCCAUCUCAGGUUCCUCCAUCCGUAUCAGUAACAUCCGUAUAAAAGACCAGGGUCAGUACACCUGCACCGCUUACAACUCUGUGGGCCACGUAACCAAGAUGGUGACUGUCAGAGUUACAGAAGUAUGUAGAGAUCCUGUCGUCACUCCGGCGUCUCUGCUGGUGGAGUAUGGACACCCUGCUGAAGUGAACUGCUCCAUACUGAGUAAACCUGUGACGGGAUACUGGCUGGGCUGGGAGUCUAAAUCAUCACAACCGGAUACAGACACUGAAACAAGUUUGAUGUGGAAGGUGGACAGUCUGACGAAUUGGGAGGAAGCUGACAAUCUCACAUGUUACAUCACAAUGGAAAAUGAUCAGUGUAGGAGUCGUGUAAAUCUCACUAUUUACAAGAGACCAGACAGUGUUACACUGAGCCCCGCCGUGUGGAUAGAGGGACAUCAGACAGAGCUGAUGUGUCAGAUUAAAAAUGUCGGUCCUGGACAUAAACUCAGUGUACACUGGAGCAGAGCUGAGUCGAAGCAAAACAAAGCUUUCACACUAUUCAAUAAAACAUUGCUUUCAGGCUUGGUAAAUGACAUAAAGAACGUGAACGUGACAGUGAAACUGAACGUUACGGCCAGACGUGAGGAUGAAGGAGUGCAGUACAAGUGUGCAGCUGAGCUGAACCUGGACACAGAUAACCCUAUGUCCGAAUCACAACCAAUCACCAUCACUGUACACUAUAAACCGAUUAUUACAGGCCCUUUAUUUACUAAUGUAUCACGAGCUGAAGGUGAAAGCCUGAUGAUGGAGUGCUCAGCAGAUGGAAAACCCAGCCCUCAUUACAACUGGACUUUACCUAAUAACACCUUUAUCUCAAAUUCCUCCAUCCGUAUCAGUAACAUCCAUAUAAAAGACCAGGGUCAGUACACCUGCACCGCUUACAACUCUGUGGGCCACGUAACCAAGACGGUGACUGUCAGAGUUACAGAAGUAUGUAGAGAUCCUGUCAUCACUCCGGCGUCUCUGCUGGUGGAGUAUGGACACCCUGCUGAAGUGAACUGCUCCAUACCGAGUAAACCUGUGACGGGAUACUGGCUGAGCUGGGAGUCUAAAUCAUCACACCCGAGGACAGACACUGAAACAAGUUUGAUGUGGAAGGUGGACAGUCUGACGAAUUGGGAGGAACCUGACAACCUUACGUGUUACAUCUUAUUGGAAAAUGAUCAGUGUAGGAGUCGUGUAAAUCUAACCAUUUACAAGAGACCAGAUAGUGUUAUGUUGAGCCCUGCCGUGUGGAUAGCGGGACAUCAGACAGAGCUACAGUGUCAGAUUAAAAACGUCGGUCCUGGCCAUAAACUCAGUGUACACUGGAGCAGAUCCAAUCAAAAGCUAAACAAGACUUUCACACUAUUCAAUAAAACAUUGCUUUCAGACUUGGUAAAUGAGAUGAAGAACGUGAGUGCGACAGUGAAACUGAACGUUACGGCCAGACGUGAGGAUGAAGGAGUGCAGUACAAGUGUGCAGCUGUGCUGAAUCUGGACACAGGUCCGGUUGUGUCUGAAUCACAGCCAAUCACCAUCACUGUACACUAUAAACCGAUUAUUACAGGCCCUUUAUUUACUAAUGUAUCUCGAGCUGAAGGUGAAAGCCUGAUGAUGGAGUGCUCAGCAGAUGGAAAACCCAGCCCUCAUUACAACUGGACUUUACCCAAUAACACCUUUAUCUCAGGUGCCUUUAUCCGUAUCAGUAACAUCCGUAUAAAAGACCAGGGUCAGUACACCUGCACCGCUUACAACUCUGUGGGCCACGUAACCAAGACGGUGACUGUCAGAGUUACAGAAGUAUGUAGAGAUCCUGUCGUCACUCCGGCGUCUCUGCUGGUGGAGUAUGGACACCCUGCUGAAGUGAACUGCUCCAUACCGAGUAAACCUGUGACGGGAUACUGGCUGGGCUGGGAGUCUAAAUCAUCACACCCAAGGACAGACACUGAAACAAGUUUGAUGUGGAAGGUGGACAGUCUGACCAAUUGGGAUGAAGCUGACAAUCUUACAUGUUACAUCUUAUUGGAAAAUGACCAGUGUAGGAGUCGUGUAAAUCUCACCAUUUACAAGAGACCAGAUAGUGUUAUGUUAAUCCCUGCCGUGUGGAUAGCGGGAGAUCAGACAGAGCUGGUGUGUGAGAUUAAAAACGUCGGUCCUGGACAUAAACUCAGUGUACACUGGAGCAGAUUUAAUCCGAAGCCAAACAACACUUUUACACUAUUCAGUAAAACAUCACUUUCAGACUUGGUAAAUGAGAUGAAGAACGUGAGUGCGACAGUGAAACUGAAUGUUACGGCCAGACGUGAGGAUGAAGGAGUGCAGUACAGAUGUGCAGCUGUGCUGAAUCUGGACACAGGUCCGGUUGUGUCUGAAUCACAGCCAAUCACCAUCACUGUACACUAUAAACCGAAUAUUACAGGCCCUUCAUUUACCAAAGUAUCACGAGCUGAAGGUGAAAACCUGAUGAUGGAGUGCUCAGCAGAUGGAAAACCCAGCCCUCAUUACAACUGGACUUUACCUAAUAACACAUCUAUCUCAGGGUCCUCCAUCCGUAUCAGUAACAUCCGUAUAAAAGACCAGGGUCUGUACACCUGCACCACUUACAACUCUGUGGGCCACGUAACCAAGAUGGUGACUGUAAAAGUUACAGAAGUAUGUAGAGAUCCUGUCGUCACUCCGGCGUCUCUGCUGGUGGAGUAUGGACACCCUGCUGAAGUGAACUGCUCCAUACUGAGUAAACCUGUGACGGGAUACUGGCUGGGCUGGGAGUCUAAAUCAUCACACCCGAGGACAGACACUAAGACAAGUUUGAUGUGGAAGGUGGACAGUCUGAGGAAUUGGGAAGAGGAUGGCAAUCUAACGUGUUACAUCAAAAUGGAAAAUGAUCAGUGUAGGAGUCGUGUAAAUCUCACCGUUUACAAGAGACCAGACAGUGUUACACUGAGCCCCGCCAUGUGGAUAGAGGGAGAUCAGACAGAGCUGAUGUGUCAAAUUAAAAAUGUCGGUCCUGGACAUAAACUCAGUGUACACUGGAGCAGAGCUGAGUCGAAGCAAAACAACACUUUCACACUAUUCAAUAAAACAUUGCUUUCAGGCUUGGUAAAUGACAUAAAGAACGUGAACGUGACAGUGAAACUGAACGUUACGGCCAGACGUGAGGAUGAAGGAGUGCAGUACAAGUGUGCAGCUGUGCUAAAUCUGGACAUAGAUAACCCCAUGUCCGAAUCACAGCCAAUCACCAUCACUGUACACUAUAAACCGAUUAUUACAGGCCCUUUAUUUACUAAUGUAUCACGAACUGAAGGUGAAAGCCUGAUGAUGGAGUGCUCAGCAGAUGGAAAACCCAGCCCUCAUUACAACUGGACUUUACCUAAUAACACAUUCAUCUCAGGUUCCUCCAUCCGUAUCAGUAGCCUCUGUAUAAAAGACCAGGGUCCAUACACCUGCACCGUUCACAACUCUGUGGGCCACGUAACCAAGACAGUAACUGUCAGAGUUACAGCUGGGCAACCUCCACUCACUUCUGUCUGGGUAAUGGUUGCUUUGCUAGCGGUUGUUACUACAGUGUUAUUUGGAUCACUCUGCAUCCUGAAGCACCUGCAAUCCCAAAGGAACAACAGCUAUGUGGUCCGUAAUGCUGCAGGUCAAAGACAACUGUAGUAUAUAUUGAUGUUAAAACCUGUGUAGCUAACCCUGACUCCUGUGUAUCUAAUGCUAACCCUGACUCCUGUGUAUUUAAUGCUAAUUCUGUCUUCUGUUUAUCUAAUGCUAACCCAGUGUAAGAAACGCCUACAUUUAAUUUAAAUUCUGAAUCUGUACUGUAAUUUGAGUAAUGUGACUAUGAAUUUGUUUAUUUACAAUGUUUUACUUAAAUUUAUCGCAACUACAUUCAACUCUUAACAAGCUGAGGCUCAUUAAUCCUAGAGAGAAUAAAGUCUAUGGUAUUUAGUAAUAGCGCCACUUAUCAGUAAGGCGAGGAAACACACACCCCUAAUGCUGUCGCCGCAAGAGAUACGGUGGUAAAACUCUUAAUGUUGAGUACCAUCUGUAUUCUUCCACAAAGCUGUGCACUAUAUAGUGUGUACAGCAGCCUUAUUAGAGAGCUAGACUUCAUAAACAUAAAAUCUUGUAAACCAAGUCUUUUGUACCAUUUACAAUCACAAAUUAAAAUUUUUGUCACUUUGUGUGGUUUAUAUGGUGAAACUCACUAAAUUUGUUGCUGUAAAAAGAUGUCGAAAAAAGGGUGAGGUCAGGCCAAGGACAACCUAAAUCUCAAACCCAACUGGCAGUAACAAGGUCAGAUAAAAACUAAGAUAAUAAACAUGGUGGAAAUGAGAGAAUCCCCUUUGGCCUGUUCUUCUUCACCACCUGACUGACCCCUAGCUUCUCCAUGAAACUCGUCCACUUUGUUACUUAGUUACUUUUAUUUUGUUACAGUGUAACUAGGUGUGUGACAUCAUAGUAUUUAUUUCAGUAGCAGCUUCAUCCUGGGAACACUUGGCACAUUAAGCAGAAUUAACUAGGAAUGUCACUAAGUCAUGCGACCCAUAACAUUUCAUAAACAAAAGAUUGUAAAAUAAAUUCAGUUGUAGUGGGUGUGGAAAUUAUUCAGACCCCCUUAAAUUUUUCACUCUGUUAUAUUGCAGCCAUUUGCUAAAAUCAUUUGAUUGACUUUCUACAACUUUCUCCCAGCGCAUGACUGCAUCUCUGGAGCUCAGCCACAGUGAUCUUUGGGUUCUUCUUUACCCCUCUCACCAAGGCUCUUUUCCCCCUGGUAGCUCAGUUUGGCCGGACAGCUAGCUCUAGAAAGGGUUCUUGUCGUCCCAAACGUCUUCCAUUUAAGGAUUAUAGAGGCCAUUGUGCUCUUAAAAACCGUAAGUGCAGCAAAAAAAAAUGUGGUAAACAUAUGCAAGAUCUUGGCCAGAUCUGUGCCUUGCCACAAUUCUGUCUCUGAGCUCUUCAGGCAGUUCCUUUGUCUUCAUAAUUUUCAUUUGCUCUGACAUACAUUGUGAGCUGUAAGGUCUUAUAUACACAGGUGUGUGGCUUUCCUAAUCAAUCCAAUUAAUAUAAUCAAACACCUGGACUCAAAUGAAGGUGGAAAACCAUCUUAAGGAUGAUCAGAAGAAAUGGACAGCACCUGGGUUAAAUAUAUGAGUGUCACAGCAAAGUGUGAUAUUUCAGUUUUUCCUUUUUUUAAUAAAUAUGCAAAAAUGUCAACAAUUCUGUGUUUUUCUGUCAAUAUGGGGUGCUGUGUGUACAUUAAUGAGUAAAAAAAUUAACUUAAAUGAUUUUACCAAAUGGCAAACAGUAAAAAAUUUAGGGGGAUCUGAAUACUUUCCGUACUGUAAAUCCUUCAUCUGGGCUUCAUCUUGCUGACUCACCCUGACUUCUCAAUCAGUCUGAGGUCAUUCAAGGUCAUGUCUCCAAAUAAAAAUAAACAAACAUCACUGUCACACAUCAGCAGAAAAAAAUAUAUUAUAUAAUAUAAUUUAUCAUAAAUAAAAACAUAUUUUUAAAAUGCAACAUAAGUGUCCUAAAUCCAUACAACACUUCAUAAUAAUACACUAAGCCACCAAUGGCUACUAAUAUUUUUAUUGCUGUAUUUAUUUGUGUUAUUGUUGACAACAGGAAGAAUGUUCUCAGAGACAGACAGACUAGUGAUAUGCAGUACUCACUCACCCAUCUUCUAUACCCCUUUAUCCUGUAUUCAGGAUUGCGGGGACCUAAUGACUAUCCCAGGAAGCUUAGGGCAUAAGGCGGGAUACACCCUGGACAGGGUGCCAAUCCAUCGCAGGGCACACAUACACAUGCUCAUUCACACACUACGGGCAAUUCAGAAACGCCAAUUAGCCUAACCUGCAUAUCUUCGGACUGUGGGAGGAAACCGGAGUACCCGGAAAAAACCCAACAAGCACAGGGAGAACAUGCAAACUCCAUGCACACAAAGACGGGAAUCAAACCCGGACCCUGGAGGUGCAAGGCGACAGUGCUAACCACUACACCACCAAGCCGCCAAUAUAUGCAGAACUGUGUAAAAAAAGGGAACAGUAAUUAAUGAAACAAAGUCAGUAUUUGGCGUGACAACUCUUUGAGCACUCAGGGUACAGUUUGUGCAGUCCACUUAGCAUCCUACUCAGCAGAACCACACAC